UAUUGGAUUUUUCAAAGACCUCCCAACCUCCCCCUCUCUCUCUCUCUCUCCCCCUCCCUCUCUCUCCAUUUUUCUGGUUCUCCAAUGUCCUUCACUGGAUAUGAUAUAAUCUUCUCUGCAAACCAACUCCAACCGUUGGAUGCCCACAAGUUCAUCCUCUGUUUUUUCUUCUUUGAAUAAAUUCCCAAUAUAUAUAAACAUAUAUACUACAUAACUAACUUCUUUAUUCUCUGUGUGUGUGUUUAUGUUCUACUCUGUUUCGUCCUCUGUUCAUGGCUGCCACUACUACUGCGACACCACAAAUCAUCAAAAGCCACAACACCCCCAACGGUAGCAAUGAAGUUAGCCGGAAAGAGAUUCAAGCGGCCAUUGCAAAAGCUGUGGAGCUCAGAGCUCUUCAUGCUGCUCUGAUUCAGGGUAAUAGCCCUGCCAAUCUCAGGUUUCCCACUUCCUCCCCUGCUUCACACCCUGCGUUUUCUGCCCAAGAUUACCCAAUUUUUACACCAAGUUAUGAAGACGAACCAUUACCGGGGUAUCAGCAAAUUCGACCCGAAAAUCAAAAUUUUGCUGGAAGUUGGAAUGAGUUUGGACUAGGUAAAAGUGAUGAUGAAAACACCCUAUCCGAUUAUGAAAAGUUCAAUGCAUCUUCAAGGAAGGGAUUUCCCUCUGAAUUGCUCAACUUAGAACCCCAUAUAUGCCCAGCUGACGAUCAAAGAUCGGUCACAGGUUCUUGUAGUAACCACAUUACAGUGCUCCACCCAUCGCCUGGAACCGAUUUCUACAAGUCUAGGAGAAACAGUUUUGCAGAUUUGAAAUCAGUAUCAUCCUGCAAUAAAUGCAAGCCUGGUAUCAUAACUAUUGAGACUGAUGGUGGCACGAAGAGCGCAAAGAAUUCUAACAUUGUUGUGCCCUUAACAUAUUCACACCCAUCUAUUCAGUCACAACCAAAACACCGGGGAUUGAAUUUUUCAUGGUUGUUUCCACGGAUAAAGAAGAAGACUAAGAGCGAAAAUUCACUAAAUCAAGCAGAAUCAGAGGAGGUUACCCAAGUUUUUAAAGACAUAAAAAUAAUGUCAACUGAGAUUUUGAGGAAAGAACUUAUGGAAGCGAAUGAAAGCCGAGAUGCGGCUUUAGCAGAAGUUUCGGAGAUGAAGUCCUCAUUGGGGGAGCUAAAACAGAAACUGGAGUACUUAGAGACUUACAGUGAAGAACUGAAUAAGGCUUUGAGACGAGCAGUGCAAGAAGACGAUUUACAAGUUCCUGAAAAGCUUGGCAAUUUUCCGAAAAGAGGGAAAUCUAUUGAUGGGAAUGGAGAAAACUUGAUGCCAGUUAGCCACGAAGUGAUGGUAGAGGGUUUCUUGCAAAUUGUAUCAGAAGCAAGAUUAUCAGUAACACAAUUAUGCAGGAUUCUUGUUGGACAGAUUGAAGAGACUGACAAUACCCUGAUGGAAAACUUAAAUCGGGUUCUUCAACCGUAUAAGCUGUCCUUAGAGUCCAAGCACUCGAAGGCAGUUUUGUACCAUUUGGAAGCUAUCAUAAGCCAAUCACUACACCAAGAUUUUGAGAAUUGUGUGUUUCAGAAGAAUGGCUCGCCAAAGCUCUUAGACCCUCAACAGGAUCGCCAGGCACAGUUUGCAUCUUUCGUCGCACUGAGAAAUCUAAGCUGGAACGAAGUGUUAAGAAAAGGGACUAAAUAUUACAGCGAAGAAUUCAGUACGUUCUGCGAUCAGAAGAUGAGUUGCAUUAUAACAACUCUGAAUUGGACACGACCGUGGACUGAACAGCUCCUCCAAGCAUUUUUUGUAGCUGCAAAAUGCAUUUGGUUGCUCCAUUUGCUUGCAUUUUCGUUUAAUCCGCCUGUGGGGAUACUAAGGGUUGAAGAGAACAGAAACUUUGAUCCGAAUUUUAUGGAGGAUUUUUUUAUGGACAGGCAAAAGUCACAGGGUCCAAGCAGGGUAAAGAUCAUGGUCAUGCCAGGGUUUUAUGUGCAGGAGAGAGUGCUUAAGUGCAAGGUUCUUUGCAGGUAUAAGUCUGUACCCUAAGCAAUUAUGGUCCAAUUUAUUUUGUAGCCUCAAAAUUGGUGUUGAUAUUGUUCAAAAGGGUUUCUUGAGUUGUUGAUGGGAAAUGGAGUUGAUAAAUGGCUUAGUAAUCAGAUGAAGCAUUGGGAAGGGGUGUGAAGAAAUGGAAUGCUUGCUUUCUCAAUUUUGUAAUGCAAGGAUUGAUCCAAUAGAUAGGUGCGCUAUUAUUAUGCCUUCUACUAGGGUCCCUCUCGGGUUCAUCUUUGGAUGUUUUCUUAUUUGCUCGUGUUGAUUAGAUAGUAAUAUUAAGCCAUCUUUCAAGCUUCGUUUUUUACCUCCACGUGG